AUGCUCCAAGACAUCUUCGUCAGGCUGCCCAAGCCGACGGCUCUUCUCAUCCUCUCUAGCCUCUUCAGGGCCACAUCAGCACAUAUCCCUCGUCAGACACCAACAACAGUUCCGUACAGAUCUCUAAAUGUGGUUGCGUACCCACCAAUCGCAGCACCGACGUCACCACCGGUCGAUCUACCUACGCUGAACGAGCUCCUCAGGAGGCAGGAUACCAACACGAUAUGCGGCUACAUAGGAGGUGAUCCAGACCUGCCUGCAACCUGCUCAGCUGGGUCCCAUUGUGUAUUAGACGCAGAUCACGGCGCCGUGGGAUGUUGUCCGAAUGGAGAGGAGACAUGCACCUCGGGUGUCUUCACGGACUGCGUCGAUCCAAACAGUGGACCACAGACGGAGGUGAACCCAUAUGUGUUCACUUGCACAGGCAGCAACGUCUGCUAUAAAAACGUGUUCGAGGGAGGGAACUCCCAGUUCGGGUGCGGCACAGCAAGCGAGCUGGGAACGGUAGUCUCAGCUGGCGCAGGGGGCGCGGCCGCCCAGGUCUCGCUGACGAGUGAGCGCAUCAGCUUCACACAGAGCCCGAGCAGCCUCGCGACACCAACCGAGCUCGGCUCAGCCACCCGAAGCGACUCUUCUGCCGGCUCCUCAUCAACGGGGACCGCCACCGACACAACAAGCGGUGCCUCAUCAGCAGCGUCCAGCUCAUCGCUCACCACCAUCAGCAUACCCUCCCCAACGAGCAGCAGUGAUCCGACCUCAUCUGGCUCGUCAUCAUCAUCGUCAGGCAGCACGCCGGCCAACACCGCAGCACCAGCUGCAGAUGGCGACGGCGGCGGCGGGGUGAACCGCACGGGGGCGAUCGUGGGCGGCACCAUCUCGGGCGUCGCCGUGCUCGCGGGGCUCAUCGCAGUGGGAAUCUACCUCUGGCGGAGACGCGCCGCAGGAAACACGCGCCGCGGGCCCGGGCCAAGGCCAGGCGACACGCAGUACGUCAGCCCCAUGUCCGGCGCAGCAUUCGCGCCGGUCGGCCGGGGCACGUCGAGCCCGAGCGCUGGCUCGCGGGGGGCGGCGAGCGUGCGCGGCAAGACGAUCAGGCACGUCACGGGGGGACCCGACUCGCGCAACACGGUGUUCCAGACGGGCGGCGUGGGCGACUACCAGUACCAGUACCCGGGGCAGAACCCGGCGGCAUGGGCCGGGGGCGCCGCGGCAGGGGCAGGGAUGGCAGCUGGUGGUGCCGCGGUGUACCACGGGGCGUACGCGACACCGCACGACGGCGGCGGGGAGGACGAGAUCCCGCUGCGGUAUGGCUCGCCUGAGAUUGACGACUUUUCGCGGGGCUUCCACGAUGCGCUGAGCCGAAUCGGCGAGGAGGACGAGGAGGACCUCGAGUCGCACGUCAACGGCAGCGGCAUGCCCGGGACGAGCAACACGGGCAGCGGAAGCGGGGACCUGGGCGAGUCGAGACCGUUGUGGCUCCAAUCGCGACGGAUGUCCAGAAACCAGAUGUGGACAUGA